AUGCAUUCUAGCUCCCCAGUUAUUUUCCGCCUCCUACAUUUUCUUCUCCUCGUUUAUUUGGUUUAUCCUAUUUAUUCUUCAAAAAUAAAUAGUCAUCAAUUAAUUAAUCAAACUUUUCGACACGAGGGAGAGUUUUACAAGUUGAAAAAAACGAUAGUAAAUCAUCUUCAACGGAUCAACAAGUUUUCUCUUAAGACAAUUAAGAGCCCUGACGGUGAUAUCAUAGACUGUGUUAUGUAUCAUAAACAACCAGCUUUUGAUCAUCCUUUAUUGAAAGGACAUACACUAUUGAAUCCUCAAGAAAGUCCAAGAGAGCUUAACCAAACGGAAAUUUUGAGUGACAACUUUCAAUUGUGGAGUUUAUCUGGUGAGACAUGUCCAGAAGGAACAAUUCCAAUUAGAAGAACAAAAGAACAAGAAAUAUUAAAAGAUACAUCCACUAGUAAAUUUGGAAGAAAGUUCGUUACUAACACCAGACACGAGUAUGCAAUUGGGACAGUGACUGGAGAUGCGUUCUAUGGAGCAACGGCUAACAUUAAUGUGUGGGCCCCACAUGUAGAAAGUAAUACAAGAGAAUUUAGCUUGUCUCAAAUAUGGGUCCUCGCUGGUACAUUUGGCAAAGACCUCAACUCUAUUGAAGCUGGUUGGCAGGUUAGCCGUUCAUUGUAUGGGGACAACCAACCUAGACUCUUUAUAUUUUGGACCAGCGAUGAAUAUCAAAAAACGGGAUGCUAUAAUUUAUUUUGUCCAGGAUUUGUUCAAAUUAGCAAACAAAUUGUAGUUGGAGCUGCAAUUCGUCCUGUUUCUAUCUAUAAUGGAAAACAAUUUCAAAUUAGGUUAUUGAUCUCGAAGGAUCCAACAAAUGGGCAUUGGUGGCUUACAUAUGGAUCUGGACACGUAAUUGGAUACUGGCCAUCCUCCUUGUUCACACACUUAAAUGAUAAGGCAACUAUAAUUCAAUUUGGUGGAGAGAUAGUGAAUUCUAUGUCAACAGGAUCUCAUACUUCCACCCAAAUGGGUAGUGGACAUUUUGCUGGGAAUGGUUUUGGAAAAGCUUCAUAUUUUAAACAUAUGCAAAUUAUGGAUUCUUAUAACAAAUUGAUUCCAUUGCCAAAUCUACAAGUGUGGGCAAGCAAUCCAAAUUGUUAUAGCAUAAAAGCAGGGACUAAUAAUGUGAUGGGAAAUUAUAUUUUUUACGGUGGACCUGGAAAAAAUGUCAAAUGUCCAUAA